AUACUUGCCUGAGAUUAUGAACGAUGGUUUGACCAACCAGAUCAACAAUCCAGAAGUAGAUGUGGACAUCACAAGGCCAGACACCUUCAUUCGACAGCAAAUCAUGGCCUUACGUGUCAUGACUAACAAACUAAAGAAUGCAUAUAAUGGAAAUGAUGUCAACUUCCAGGAUACAAGUGAUGAGACCAGUGGCUCAGGCAGUGGAAGCGGCUGUACGGAUGACAUCUGUCCCACCGAGUUCGAUUUCGUCACCACUGAAGCACCACCGGUUGACUCUGACAGGAGGGAGGUGGAGGCUUCAGCCACACAGCCUGGCCAGUCACUGCAGACAUUGCUCAUCGUCUUCAUCAGUCUUGUACUGCAGAGACAGUGGAGAUAA